AAUUCUCUUGAAUUUUUUUUCUUUUUUUUUUCCCUCUUCUCUUUCCUGACUUAUUCUUUCUUUUUUUCUUUUCCUUUGUGUUGUUUUAUUUUGAUUGAAAUGAACUCACUUUAUCAGGUAGAUGAUCUUGUCAAGGAAUAUCUAUUGUUUCGAGGAUUCACCAAUACUUUUCGGGCUUUGGAAACGGAAAGUAGAACAGAUAAGGAUAAAGGCUUUCAGGUUGACAAAAUCCUUGAAGAACUUCUCUCUUUUAUCACCAACGGCGAUGUUAAUGGUUUAGUGGAAUAUUAUCGUUAUCUUGAUAUUCGAUUCUUUUCCAGACUUGAUACUAGAUUUCAGCAAACGAUCAAAAAGUUUGAACUUUGCCUUUUACGACAUUAUCUAAUACAUGCAAUUCAACAUAAGAAACGCGAAAAAGUCAAGGAAUUCUUUGAAGUCUAUGGUCCUGAUCUACAUGGUUUAUCUGAAUGGUCUGAAUGGUUUGCCUUACCUUAUGUGAAACAACCAAGUUCUGAUCCCGUGUUUGAAUCUUUCUUUACCAAGCAAUGGGUUGACAAUUAUACAACCUCUCUUCACAAUUUUUUGGCGACUAUUUUUCAGAAAAUGCCGUUGCCUAGUUUACUUGCAUUCAAUGUGGAUCGAAGUCAACGAAAAUCCCAGCAGGCGGAAAUCGAAAACCUGAAAAUGACAGUGGACAAUAUGAAAGCCAUGAUGGACGCAAAAGAGAACGAAAUAGCUAAACUCAAAGUCGAGUUAUUGGAUACCCGGAAAGAAAUGACAGAUGGCAUCUCACUCAUUCGGAAACGAGCUGCUUCAAUGACUAGUUCACAACAGAACAUGACAAAUGGAUUAAGAAGCGAUUCAACCAUCAGUUCAAAUUGCACAACCCCAAGUACUGUUAGCACUACAAUCAAUCCCAUUACUGCUACGAUCACCAGUCCGUCACAUGAUUCAACUAUCAAUACCAACAACAAUACAGCAGACACAUCAAAUCAUUUGACAGAAACAGAUGAACCUUUCGUGAUUGUUAGUCAAGAAGAAUUCUCAGAACAUGCGUCAGCCAUCACUCACGCCAAAUUUUCAAUCCAAGGAAAUUUGAUAGCAAGUUGUGAUAUGGAUAAUAUCGUUCGGGUGUGGAGUUACAAGGGUCAAUCACAUAGUCCACAAAAGCUUACCAGUAAUACUUCAAGUAUAUUAUCUUUGGAAUGGGAUGCAAGAUCGGAUCGCUUCUUAUUCCUUGGUACAAACUCUGGGAACAUCCGUGUAUAUAAUACUGAAAAUCGAUCAGUUGUUCAGGAAUUUAGCAUGACAGAAAAAUACCCAUGGAUAACUCAACUAUCCUCCAACCCUGUUGAACCAGUCAUAGUUUGCUCAGCAUCAGGUGAUAAGAUUAGACGUAGUUCAAAAGGACAUGGUGCUUUGGUUGCUUGGAGUAUGAAAAGCAUGUCUUCCUCUGGAGUAUUCAAGUUGGAACCUGAAGAUACCUGUACCGAUAUCAACACAAUCAAACACAAUCACAAUGGACAAAUGUUGGUGGCAGGCGAUGGUGUCGGAACUAUGCGAAUAUUUGAUGUUCGUACAAUGAAAUCUAUUGUGGAAUGGAAAACAUUAUCAAAACGACCUGCAUGUAUUGCUCAAUUCAGCUUUGAUGAAAACUCUAUUUAUACCGUUGAUCAUGGCGGUCAGCUCUCUCAAUGGUCCAUUCAUAAACCUGGCGUUAGUCUUUCCAACACAUAUCUACAAGGAUUCCCACCUCCACCAGCAUAUUCUUCACAGUCAACACGACCAUCUACCUUGGUUACAACUCCUCAUCCUUCUUUAUCUUCACCUGCCAAUUCUUCAUCAUCGUCAUCAAUACCAUCACCGUCAGCACCUACAACAACAUUACCACCUCCACGUCCUUCAUCCAAUCGAUCAACAUCGUCACGUGCAUCUAUUUCAUCAUCUCGAUCUGCUAGGUUGUCUUCAGUGUUAGACGAAGGUGUCAAUCAAUCCAUUCUCUCUGUAACACCACGAUCCCAAAUGGUAGCCUUUAGUGCUGAUACAGAUUACAUUCUUUGCGCCACUUCAUCAUCCUCCUUCACCGAUAACAAUAAUAAUACAAACAUUGCAUUACCACCAACUGUAUCUUCUUCUUCGUCGUCAUCACACUCACCUUCAUCAUCGUCAUCAUCUUCCUCAUUAACAUCAUUAUCAUCAGGAUCUCAGUCUUCUGUACAAAACAACAAGACUACUUCUGCAAUCACGGGUGAAACACAAGGAACGAUAUAUCAAAGUCCCGAAGGUAAACCUGUUUUACAAUUUGGUCAACAUCACGUUUAUCGAAAGAUCACCACAGUUGAUUGGACAGGUGUAUCCAAUGCUUGUUUGCUAGGAAGUGCUGAUGGUAGUGUCAAAAUCACCCAUUUGAUUAAAACUAGUUAUUAGGUUCCCCUUCUCUUUUUAGUAUUAGUUUCAAUCUACUUGUUUGUUGAUCAUGCCCUCUCACUUCUUAUAAAGAUACAACUUUUAUUCCCCCUUCUUCUUUUUUGAAUUUUGUUUUUACUAUGAUUGGAGGUGAUUUUUUGUUUUUGAUCCAUAUAACAAACAAACCCAGCAACAUACAUAUA